CCACACCAUGCUCUGACCCCGACCGCCACCAUCCGUCUCCCCCCACCCUCCUCUGACCCCCUCUGCAUCAUCUGAGACUGACCGCGGACAACUAGACAACCUCUGAUACCCCUCUUCUACAUCUACUAUCGACAACUAGACGCGUUCACAGCCAUGGCACCGAAACGCUCAGGAAUGGAUCUGCUCUUCCACCCGAAGAAAAAGACGACCCAGGCUCCCCCUCAGAAGAAGGCAGCCACCCCCGCCGGGACUCCCUCGGGCAGCCCAUCGCCGAUGAAGCCUCCCCGCGCGCCGCUUGCGAAGCCACGGCCACCAAAGGCCCAAGAUAACGAUGACGACUUGCGGCCACCGCCGCCCGAGGGGCCCUACCAGGAGUUCAAGCUGGUCUCUUCUCAGCUGAACGGAUGGAAAUACGACGUGAUGAAGUUCGACUCGCGGAAGCCGGUCGAAAUCGCGAGUUGGCAGAAACCGGUGAAGCUGAACAGGAAGGAGCCCCGCCGCGAGCCCGAUGACGCUGCCAGCGCCACGGGGCCGAAGGCUGUGGGGGCCAUGCUUGGGCCCGACGGAAAGCCCGUCGUUGGACCGGAUGGCCAGAUCGUGAUGGUGGAUGCAGAGGGACGGCCGAUCCGGCCUGGUGAGGGUGGGAGCGCCAGUGGCGACAAGGGGAAGGAGAAAGCGGGGCAGAAAAAGCGGUUCCAGAAGAAGACGAGGCAGGUGUUCUUGGUGCCAGAGGAGGUACGGAGGCUCAGGAGGGAGGAGCGGUACCCGUGGGUGAUGGAGGACUCGGCAGGAGACGAGACUUGGGUGGGGAAGAUGGAGGAGGUGGCGAAGUCGGAGACGCAUUGCAUGUUUAUGCCAGCCGACAACUGUACUUUCAAGCUCGUUCCCGCGCAUCGAUGGUACAAGUUCCAAAAGAAACCGAAGUACCAUGUGCCGACGCUGGAGGAGGCGGAACGAAUGAUGAGCAACAUCAAGAAGAACCAGGACCCUGAGCGUUGGCUCCUACGUAAACGGAAUGGCCAGGGGCCUUCAGCUGAGACUGCCGCUCUGUUCAAAGCCGAACGAGAAGGCAGUAACGGUCCUAUACCAAGCACGAGUCUUGGUCCAGGGGGCCGCCGUCUCAAGACCGUUGAUAACGGCAUGAACGGUCUUUUCGGGGACGACGAUGACGAAGAAGAGGGUGAGGGCCGUAAACGAAGAAUGAAGCGUGAGCUCGGCGCGGAGGGUGACGUUGAUGAGAUGGACUUUGAGGAGACGUUUGCCGAUGACGAGGAGAAGAUGGAGCCCGAUGAUCGGGAUGACGAGGAGGCAAAGGAACUUGAGGAGCGACUCAAGAGAGAGUAUAAGAACGCGAAUAAGGCCCGAGAGGGAUACGUCGACGAAUCAGAUGAUGAGGAUGAACCGACACUUACCCAGGCAGGCAAGGGUCUGCGGAAGACCCUGCAGAAACUCGAGAAGGAUGGCGGUUACGACGAGAGCGACGAUGAUGAGAAUCCCUACGCUAGCGAGGUUGAGGAGGAAGAAGAGGAACCUAUCCCAGUCUACACUGGCCCUGCCAUCAUCGCCCCAGAACCCAAGCCGGGACGCCAAACGCCUCAGGCAUCCUCUACCAACGGGACAAAGACGCCAACAUCGAGCCAGCCGGCGCCACAGGUCAAACCAGAGUCAUCCGACUCGCGGCCCACCUCUCCAGUCAUCGCGAAGCACGGUGGCCAUUCUGCUCUCGCCAAGCGGGCGAUGAGCCCGAAGAUGCCGAAAGUCGAGUCGAAUGGCGUGGGCCGCCCUACUAGCCCCCUAGCAGGAGGGUCACCGAAUGGCAGCCGUGCGACCAGCCCUGCCCACGGAGGAGGGAGUCGCGCAGGUAGUCCAACAUCGCCUACGAGUCCUACGAGCUCCGCUAUUGCGAACGGUGUCAACGGCUCCGCGAAGCCGAACGACAAAAAGCGGAAGGCCAGCGACGAUCCUAACGCGAAGCCCAAGAAGAGGAAGGCUCUCCCGCCUCUGCCUGGGGGCGCGGCGCUCGAUGACCGCACGGUGAUCGAGUGGCUCAGGCAAACCCCGAACGCGACAACGCGCGACUGCAUCCAUCACUUCCAGCCGUAUCUUACGGACGACGAGAAGAAGCACCGGUUCACGACGCUUGUGAAGGAGGUCGCGCAACUGAAGGACGGCGUCCUCGUCCUGCGGCCUGCCUACCAGACUGUGGGUGCGCCGUCACCUCCGCAGGCGAGUGCGGCGUGAGUACAGUGUAUCGAUGUGAUGUCGAGCAAUAUGCACGGACGCUUUCUUUGAUGUACUUAUAAUUGAGUGGGUGUAUACGCGGUUAUUCAUUUACUCUGCAUCCCACGGGAUGCGCCUCGUCA